UAGCGUAGGAAGAUUCCAGCCCACGUACGUACACGUCGCCAGCCACCCUGCAGGCACACAUGCUAGACUAGAACUAGACUAGAUCCAUGCAGCAGCUGAACUGUCGAAGAAUAUAGUACCAUACCACCUUGCUCGCUCUCACGCACUCACACUAGUUCACUCUCGCAGCGGCUAGCCUCGCUCUCGCGCGCAGGAUGCGGAGCGGUGUCGGCGCGCGCCUUCUGUCACAGGCGGUGGCCAUCGCCAUCGCCGUGGCCGUCGCCUGCUGCAUGACCGCCGCGCCCUCGUCGGCGCAGGGGACGACGACGCCCGCGGACGCCCGCGGCGCGGUGCCGUCGUGCGCGUCGAAGCUCGUGACGUGCGCGGGCUACCUGAACAUCACCGACACGCCGCCGGAGUCGUGCUGCGACCCGCUCAAGGAGGCGGCGGCCACGCAGGCGGCGUGCAUGUGCGCCAUCCUCAUGAACAGGGCCGCGCUGCAGGCGUUCGGCGUGGCGCCGGAGCAGGGGGUGCUCCUCGCCAAGCGCUGCGGCGUCACCACCGACGCGUCCACCUGCGCCAAGUACAGCGCCGGCGCCGAUGCUGGCACUGCAGGUAGCACAGCUGCUUCUUCAGCAUCCACGGGAACUGCUGCUUCUACAGUUGCCAAGCCAACGGCAAGUGGAGGAACCACGCAUCCCCUGAGCUUGAUCGCCGCAUCUUCAUUUGUAGGCUUCAGUUUCAUCUGGUGGAUGAUCAUGGCGUAGUAAGAGAUACCAAUGAGUAUGAACUGUUAUGUAAAAAAAAACUGUAUCGUCUCAAUAAACAUAACUAUCUGGUUGUCACUUCGUUCCGUAAAUUUUACUGCAUGUGCCUUUGUACA